GUUCAUAUUGAGAGACAAAAAAGCUUUUCGUACAUCUUUCUGCAAAUUAUUUUGCCGAUAUUGAUUGAAUCAUUGAAGAAUCAUGAGACCAAUCUCAGUGAUUCUUGCAGCCGGCGCCAUUGGCGCUGGUAUAGCAGCGUUUGCUGUCUUCAGGAGACUGGCUCCUAGAUCUACAGAAGAGAUCACCAUGGAGACAGACAUAGAUCAAGUCUGGGAACAAGAGCAGGUUUCAGACUUUGAAGCUGUUCUUUAUGACAUCACGAGUCAUGCCAUUCCCAUUCACGGUGUGUUGCGGAGAACUGAUCCUCAUCUUUCUCUCCGGGUUGAGGAAAAAGCGUUAGAGCCAAUGACGAGGAAAACGACCAACAGCCCAACCGAUACUCCUGCAACCAUCACCAAGGCCGAACCAGCAAGUUCAUCCCAUUUUGAGGGCCACACUCCGCCUAGCGACAUCCAGGAAGGAGUUGUGCCUCUCGUUACCACCAGUGGGGAAGAAACAGCUGAGGCAACACCCACUGUGAUAUGCCUCAAAAAUCAGCCGGAUGGCCAAAUAUCAGAGCCUGCCAAACCAAUCGACAUCCAGGAAGGAGCUGUGUCUCUUGCUUCCACCAGUGGAGAAGAAACAACUGAGGCGACACCCACUGUGAUGUGCCCCGAAAAUCAGCUGGAUGGCCAAUUAUCCGCGCCUGCCGAACCGAUCGACAUCCAGGAAGGAGAUGUGCCUCUUGCUUCCACCAGUGGAGAAGAAACAACUGAGGCGACACCCACUGUGAUGUGCCCCGAAAAUCAGCCGGAUGGCCAAUUAUCCGCGCCUGCCGAACCAAUCGACAUCCAGGAAGGCGCUGUGCCUCUUGCUUCCACCAGUGGGGAAGAAACAACUGAGGUGACACCCACUGUGAUGUGCCUCGAAAAUCAGCCGGAUGGCCAAAUAUCAGAGCCCACCCAACCAAGCGACAUCCAGGAAGGCGCUGUGCCUCUUGCUUCCACCAGUGGAGAAGAAACAUCUGAGGCGACACCCACUGUAAUGUGCCCCGAAAAUCAGCCGGAUGGCCAAAUAUCCGCGCCUGCCGAACCAAUCGACAUCCAGGAAGGAGAUGUGCCUGUUGCUUCCACCAGUGGAAAAGAAACAACUGAGGCGACACCCACUGUAAUGUGCCUCGGAAAUCAGCCGGAUGGCCAAAUAUCAGAGCCUGCCGAAUUACCAAUCGACAUCCAGGAAGGAGCUGUGCCUCUUGCUUCAACCAGUGGGGAAGAAACAACUCAGGCGACACCCACUGUGAUGUGCCUCGAACAUCAGCCGGAUGGCCAAAUAUCGGAGCCUGCCGAACCAACCAACAUCCAGGAAGGAGCUGUGCCUCUUGCUUCCACCAGUGGAGAAGAAACAACUAAGGCGACACCCACUGUGAUGUGCCUCGGAAAUCAGCCGGAUGGCCAAAUAUCAGAGCCUGCCGAACCAAGCGACAUCCAGGAAGGAGCUGUGCCUCUUGCUUCCACCAGUGGAGAAGAAACAACUGAGGCGACACCCACUGUAAUGUGCCUCGGAAAUCAGCCGGAUGGCCAAAUAUCAGAGCCUGCCGAAUUACCAAUCGACAUCCAGGAAGGAGCUGUGCCUCUUGCUUCAACCAGUGGGGAAGAAACAACUCAGGCGACACCCACUGUGAUGUGCCUCGGAAAUCAGCCGGAUGGCCAAAUAUCAGAGCCUGCCGAACCAAGCGACAUCCAGGAAGGAGCUGUGCCUCUUGCUUCCACCAGUGGGGAAGAAACAACUGAGGCGACACCCACUGUGAUGUGCCCCGAAAAUCAGCCGGAUGGCCAAUUAUCCGCGCCUGCCGAACCAAUCGACAUCCAGGAAGGAGCUGUGCCUCUUGCUUCCACCAGUGGGGAAGAAACAACUGAGGCGACACCCACUGUGAUGUGCCCCGAAAAUCAGCCGGAUGGCCAAUUAUCCGCGCCUGCCGAACCAAUCGACAUCCAGGAAGGAGCUGUGCCUCUUGCUUCCAUCAGUGGAGAAGAAACAACUGAGGCGACACCCACUGUGAUGUGCCCCAAAACUCAGCCGGAUGGCCAAUUAUCCGCGCCUGCUGAACCGAUCGACAUCCAGGAAGGAGCUGUGCCUCUUGCUUCCAUCAGUGGAGAAGAAACAACUGAGGCGACACCCACUGUGAUGUGCCCCGAAAAUCAGCCGGAUGGCCAAUUAUCCGCGCCUGCCGAACCGAUCGACAUCCAGGAAGGAGCUGUGCUUCUUGCUUCCACCAGUGGGAAAGAAACAACUGAGGCGACACCCACUGUGAUGUGCCACGAAUAUCAGCCGAAUGGCCAAAUAUCAGAGCCUGCCGAACCAAUCGACAUCCAGGAAGGAGCUGUGCUUCUUGCUUCCACCAGUGGGAAAGAAACAACUGAGGCGACACCCACUGUGAUGUGCCCCAAAACUCAGCCGGAUGGCCAAUUAUCCGCGCCUGCUGAACCGAUCGACAUCCAGGAAGGAGCUGUGCCUCUUGCUUCCAUCAGUGGAGAAGAAACAACUGAGGCGACACCCACUGUGAUGUGCCACGAAUAUCAGCCGGAUGGCCAAAUAUCAGAGCCUGCCGAACCAAUCGACAUCCAGGAAGGAGCUGUGCCUCUUGCUUCCACCAGUGGGAAAGAAACAACUCAGGCGACAUCCACUGUGAUGUGCCACGAAUAUCAGCCGGAUGGCCAAAUAUCAGAGCCUGCCAAACCAAUCGACAUCCAGGAAGGAGCUGUGCCUCUUGCUUCCACCAGUGGAGAAGAAACAACUAAGGCGACACCCACUGUGAUGUGCCUCGAAAAUCAGUCGGAUAGCCAAUUAUCCGCGCCUGCCGAACCAAUCGACAUCCAGGAAGGAGCUGUGCCUCUUGCUUCCAUCAGUGGAGAAGAAACAACUGAGGCGACACCCACUGUGAUGUGCCCCAAAACUCAGCCGGAUGGCCAAUUAUCCGCGCCUGCUGAACCGAUCGACAUCCAGGAAGGAGCUGUGCCUCUUGCUUCCAUCAGUGGAGAAGAAACAACUGAGGCGACACCCACUGUGAUGUGCCCCGAAAAUCAGCCGGAUGGCCAAUUAUCCGCGCCUGCCGAACCGAUCGACAUCCAGGAAGGAGCUGUGCUUCUUGCUUCCACCAGUGGGAAAGAAACAACUGAGGCGACACCCACUGUGAUGUGCCACGAAUAUCAGCCGAAUGGCCAAAUAUCAGAGCCUGCCGAACCAAUCGACAUCCAGGAAGGAGCUGUGCUUCUUGCUUCCACCAGUGGGAAAGAAACAACUGAGGCGACACCCACUGUGAUGUGCCCCAAAACUCAGCCGGAUGGCCAAUUAUCCGCGCCUGCUGAACCGAUCGACAUCCAGGAAGGAGCUGUGCCUCUUGCUUCCAUCAGUGGAGAAGAAACAACUGAGGCGACACCCACUGUGAUGUGCCACGAAUAUCAGCCGGAUGGCCAAAUAUCAGAGCCUGCCGAACCAAUCGACAUCCAGGAAGGAGCUGUGCCUCUUGCUUCCACCAGUGGGAAAGAAACAACUCAGGCGACAUCCACUGUGAUGUGCCACGAAUAUCAGCCGGAUGGCCAAAUAUCAGAGCCUGCCAAACCAAUCGACAUCCAGGAAGGAGCUGUGCCUCUUGCUUCCACCAGUGGAGAAGAAACAACUAAGGCGACACCCACUGUGAUGUGCCUCGAAAAUCAGUCGGAUAGCCAAAUAUCAGAGCCUGCCGAACCAAUCGACAUCCAGGAAGGAGCUGUGCCUCUUGCUUCCACCAGUGGGGAAGAAACAACUAAGGCGACACCCACUGUGAUGUGCCUCAAAAAUCAGCCGGAUGGCCAAAUAUCAGAGUCUGCCGAACCAAUCGACAUCCAGGAAGGAGCUGUGCCUCUUGCUUCCACCAGUGGGGAAGAAACAACUAAGGCGACACCCACUGUGAUGUGCCUCAAAAAUCAGCCGGAUGGCCAAAUAUCAGAGUCUGCCGAACCAAUCGACAGCCAGGAAGGAGCUGUGCCUCUUGCUUCCACCAUUUUUGGAGAAGAAACAACUGCAGCGACACCCACUGUGAUGUGCCACGAAUAUCAGCCGGAUGGCCAAAUAUCAGAGCCUGCCGAACCAAUCGACCUCUGGGAAGGAGCUGUACCUCUUGCUUCCCACAGUGGAGAAGAAACAACUGAGGCGACACCCACUGUGAUGUGCCCCGAAACUCAGCCGGAUGGCCAAAUAUCAGAGCCUGCCGAACCAAUCGACAUCCAGGAAGGAGCUGUACCUCUUGCUCCCACCAGUGGGGAAGAAACAACUGAGACGACACCCACUGUGAUGUGCCUCGAAACUCAGCCGGAUGGCCAAAUAUCAGAGCCUGCCGAACCAAUCGGCAUCCAGGAAGGAGCUGUACCUCUUGCUCCCACCAGUGGGGAAGAAACAACUGAGGCGACACCCACUGUGAUGUGCCCCGAAACUCAGCCGGAUGGCCAAAUAUCAGAGCCUGCCGAACCAAUCGACAUCCAGGAAGGAGCUGUACCUCUUGCUCCCACCAGUGGGGAAGAAACAACUGAGGCAACACCCACCGUGAUGUGCCCCGAAAAUCAGCCGGAUGGCCAAAUAUCAGAGCCUGCCGAACCAAUCGACAUCCAGGAAGGAGCUGUGCCUCUUGCUUCCACCAGUGGAGAAGAAACAGCUGAGGCAACACCCACUGUGAUGUGCCUCGAAUAUCAGCCGGAUGGCCAAAUAUCAGAGCCUGCCAAACCAAUCGACAUCCAGGAAAGAGCUUUGCCUCUUGCUUCCACCAGUGGGGAAGAAACAACUGAGGCAACACCCACUGUAAUGUGCCUCGAAAAUCAGUCGGAUAGCCAAAUAUCAGAGCCUGCCGAACCAAUCGACAUCCAGGAAGGAGCUGUGCCUCUUGCUUCCACCAGUGGGGAAGAAACAACUAAGGCGACACCCACUGUGAUGUGCCUCAAAAAUCAGCCGGAUGGCCAAAUAUCAGAGUCUGCCGAACCAAUCGACAUCCAGGAAGGAGCUGUGCCUCUUGCUUCCACCAGUGGGGAAGAAACAACUAAGGCGACACCCACUGUGAUGUGCCUCAAAAAUCAGCCGGAUGGCCAAAUAUCAGAGUCUGCCGAACCAAUCGACAGCCAGGAAGGAGCUGUGCCUCUUGCUUCCACCAUUUUUGGAGAAGAAACAACUGCAGCGACACCCACUGUGAUGUGCCACGAAUAUCAGCCGGAUGGCCAAAUAUCAGAGCCUGCCGAACCAAUCGACCUCUGGGAAGGAGCUGUACCUCUUGCUUCCCACAGUGGGGAAGAAACAACUGAGGCGACACCCACUGUGAUGUGCCCCGAAACUCAGCCGGAUGGCCAAAUAUCAGAGCCUGCCGAACCAAUCGACAUCCAGGAAGGAGCUGUACCUCUUGCUCCCACCAGUGGGGAAGAAACAACUGAGACGACACCCACUGUGAUGUGCCUCGAAACUCAGCCGGAUGGCCAAAUAUCAGAGCCUGCCGAACCAAUCGGCAUCCAGGAAGGAGCUGUACCUCUUGCUCCCACCAGUGGGGAAGAAACAACUGAGGCGACACCCACUGUGAUGUGCCCCGAAACUCAGCCGGAUGGCCAAAUAUCAGAGCCUGCCGAACCAAUCGACAUCCAGGAAGGAGCUGUACCUCUUGCUCCCACCAGUGGGGAAGAAACAACUGAGGCAACACCCACCGUGAUGUGCCCCGAAAAUCAGCCGGAUGGCCAAAUAUCAGAGCCUGCCGAACCAAUCGACAUCCAGGAAGGAGCUGUGCCUCUUGCUUCCACCAGUGGAGAAGAAACAGCUGAGGCAACACCCACUGUGAUGUGCCUCGAAUAUCAGCCGGAUGGCCAAAUAUCAGAGCCUGCCAAACCAAUCGACAUCCAGGAAAGAGCUUUGCCUCUUGCUUCCACCAGUGGGGAAGAAACAACUGAGGCAACACCCACUGUAAUGUGCCUCGAAAAUCAGCUGGAUAGCCAAAUAUCAGAGCCUGCCAAACCAAUCGACAUCCAGGAAGGGGCUGUGACUCUUGCUUCCACCAGUGGAGAAGAAACAACUCAGGCGACACCCACUGUGAUGUGCCCCGAAAAUCAGCCAGAUGGCCAAAUAUCAGAGCCUGCCAAACCAAUCGACAUCCAGAAAGGAGUUGUACCUCUUGCUUCCACCAGUGGAGAAGAAACAGCUGAGGCAACACCCACCGUGAUGUGCCCCGAAAAUCAGCUGGAUGGCCAAAUAUCAGAGCCUGCCGAACCAAGCGACAUCCAGGAAGGGGCUGUGACUCUUGCUUCCACCAGUGGAGAAGAAACAACUCAGGCGACACCCACUGUGAUGUGCCUCGAAAAUCAGCCGGAUGGCCAAAUAUCAGAGCCUGCCGAACCAAUCGACAUCCAGGAAGGCGCUGUGCCUCUUUCUUCCACCAGUGGGGAAGAAACAACUGAGGCGACACCCACUGUGAUGUGCCUCGAAUAUCAGCCGGAUGGCCAAAUAUUAGAGCCUGCCGAACCAAUCGACAUCCAGGAAGGAGCUGUACCUCUUGCUUCCACCAGUGGAGAAGAAACAACUGAGGCGACACCCACCGUGAUGUGCCUCGAAUAUCAGCCGGAUGGCCAAAUAUCGGAGCCUGCCGAACCAAUCGACAUCCAAGAAGGAGCUGUACCUCUUGCUUCCACCAGUGGAGAAGAAACAACUGAGGCAACACCCACUGUGAUGAGCCUCGAAACUCAGCCGGAUGGCCAAAUAUCAGAGCCUGCCGAACCAAUCGACAUCCAGGAAGGAGCUGUACCUCUUGCUCCCACCAGUGGGGAAGAAACAACUGAGGCGACACCCACUGUGAUGUGCCUCGAAACUCAGCCGGAUGGCCAAAUAUCAGAGCCUGCCGAACCAAUCGGCAUCCAGGAAGGAGCUGUACCUCUUGCUUCCACCAGUGGGGAAGAAACAACUGAGGCGACACCCACUGUGAUGUGCCCCGAAAAUCAGCCGGAUGGCCAAAUAUCAGAGCCUGCCGAACCAAGCGACAUCAAGGAAGGGGCUGUGACUCUUGCUUCCACCAGUGGAGAAGAAACAACUGAGGCGACACCCACUGUGAUGUGCCUCGAAUAUCAUCCGGAUGGCCAAAUAUCAGAGCCUGCCGAACCAAUCGACAUCCAGGAAGGCGCUGUGCCUCCUGCUUCCACCAGUGGGGAAGAAACAACUGAGGCGACACCUACUGUGAUGUGCCUCGAAUAUCAGCCGGAUGGCCAAAUAUCAGAGCCUGCCGAACCAAUCGACAUUCAGGAAGGAGAUGUACCUCUUGCUUCCACUAGUGUAGAAGAAACAACUGAGGCGACACCCACUGUGAUGUGGCCCGAAACUCAGCCGGAUGGCCAAAUAUCAGAGCCUGCCGAACCAAUCGACAUCCAGGAAGGAGCUGUACCCCUUGCUCCCACCAGUGGGGAAGAAACAACUGAGGCGACACCCACUGUGAUGUGCCUCGAAACUCAACCGGAUGGCCAAAUAUCAGAGCCUGCCGAACCAAUCGACAUCCAGGAAGGAGCUGUGCCUCUUGCUUCCACCAGUGGGGAAGAAACAGCUGAGGCGACACCCACUGUGAUGUGCCCCGAAAAUCAGCCGGAUGGCCAAAAAUUGAAGCUUGCCCAGGCUUCGGUUACAACAACUAAGGAAGAUCCCGCAAAGCCAUUAAAUGUGGAGAACAGUCCGACUGAUGACAAAUAUGUUGCAUACUCCCCUUCGUCGAGUGUUGAUGACACUCUUGACCGAGAUAAAUUCACAGACCACAUCAGUUCUGAUAACCAGGAAACAGGCAGUGUUUCCAGUCCUACAUCUACCAACAAACAAACUUCUGUUACCCACACUGAGGAAGAAACUUCAAAGCCACUGAAUGUGGAGAACAAUCUGGCUAAUGACAAAGACCUUGCCUCCUCCCCUUCGUCAAGUGUGGAUGACACUAUUGACGAAGAUGUCGUAACAGACAUUAGUUCUGAUAAUCAGGGAACAAACAGUGUCCCCUGUCCUACCUAUACAAGCAAGGAUGAUGUGGCUACUGUGCCCCGUCCGGAAAUAGUUCGUUAUAAUAAAAAGACAGCCAGCAUGAAGGAUACAACAAAGAUUUGCCAAGUCAAGGACCAUGAUUUAACUGAUAACCUGCCAUUAGAAGCCACUGCAUGUCCUCACACAAGCUGCAAGGAGGAAUCUGUAAUGCCACCAACAUUGGAGGAUGUUGCUUCGGCUGUCGUUGAUGAACACAAGACUGUUGUCUCCUCCCAAAUGAUCGAGAAUAUAGCAAACAUGUCAAGUAUUGAGCGUAACCCAACGAUGGAUCAGCAGGGAGCAACAUUUGGAACUCCGAGCAUUAACAGUGAAACAGCAAGUCCGUCUGAUGUCAACAGUCACACUGCAGCCGAUGGCCUACAUGAGGGACCUGAUGCCUCUUCAAGUGCCAUCUCUCUGAGGGAAACCAACAAUAACCAAUAUCAUGUUGCUGUCUUGAAGAUCAAGAAUGGUUCGAUGGGGCGUGUUAUCGGGAAAAGGGGUAAACAUCUGAAACAUGUCCAACAACACUGCAACGUGAAAACUAAUUAUGGUCAGCUGGAUGAGAAACAUCAGUUCCUACACCUCGAAGGCACAGCUGAAAGCAUUCAACUAGCUAAGGACCUUCUUCACAAAAGUGUUGAAGUGGGUAUUUUGGAGAUAUCAGCUCAUGAAGUUGAGGGCCUUCUAACAACAGCAAAGGAGACAGAAGAAAUUAUUACGGAAAAUUACUACAGUACCAAUCGACAAUAUGGCAGAGUUGUUGGGCAUAAUGGGAAAAAUCUGAAGGAGUUGAGAAAAAUGGGGAUCAAGGUGAAUGCUUCAUCUGUUGGUGGACUGAAAUGCCUCUCAUUGACAGGCCCGCCAACCAAGGUCCACACUGCAUGCCAGUGGAUUCAAGAUCACCUAUCCACGAGACUGUUUGAACCAGCUCCAGUUCCUGCAUCUAUGGCAGCUCCAUCAUCCAUGCCUGUACCAGAACAAGCUGCCCUUCCUACCUUGAUAUCUGAUCAAGAGUCUUCCUCAAGAGCUAGGCAGGACUAGGAGAUAUUCAUUGAUCUGUUCAUCUGGUCUUCAUUUUCGGCCAUCAUUUGGUUUUCUAAUUCUUCAACUGCUGUUACUUGUACCUUUAUUAGUGAUUAAACAUAUGGUGUCAUAUUACAUUCAGAAAUACCUGAAACAGUUUAGCAAUUCCUAUUGGUCGAGAGUCUGUCACGUGGGUGGUUUUAAACCGCUGGUAAAACACCGCUGUGUUACGGGCAACGCGCACGUCAAUAUAGGAGUUGUUUAUGAGAUAUACCACAGCAUAGCUGGCGUGUUAACGAAAUCGUUAGAAAUUUGUAAUUUUUGACUUGUUUUGACUUUUGAACCGAAAAGUUUUGAUUGA